AUGUCCAUGUCCCGAAUAGAUCAUACCCCAACAAGGCCACUGGUCUUAUCCGAGUUACCGUCUGGUGUUCCGCCAGACGGGUUCUGUCAGCAGCUCGAUCUGAUUGUCCGACUGGUGUAUAUCAUGACGGGAGAAUGUCCUCUGGACGUGUCGCGGAAACAGGUGAUCCAUUUCUUCAAGCCCAUCUCUGCCUAUGCUGGGUAUCUAUCUAUCACUGCCUGGCUGUUUGCUCAGAUCCCUCAGGUUAUCAAAAACUACUCAGAGAAGUCAGUUGACGGGCUUUCACUCGGGUUUCUAUGCUGCUGGUUUGCUGGAGACCUGCUGAACUUUGUGAGCUGUUUGAUGACGGAUGCUUUGCUAUUCCAGAUCCUGCUCAGCUCGUAUUAUCUCAUCAUCGACAUAGUUCUGGCUGGGCAGUUUUACUACUACAGUCAACUGUAUCACAAUCCUCAAUCCCGCUUUUACCAUCAAAGACGUGCCAAGAGGCUCGGCGAAAUCAAGACUCCUCGAACAGCGCUCCGAACGGCAUUGAACGGCCAUCCCGUGCGCGAGAUCGACGCAGACUCCAGCGAUCGCGCCUACGUUCCUGCAGAACACAUAUCUUCCCCUAUUCCAAUAGAGAGUCAGCAUCAACCAAACAAACUCAACAUAACCAACAGCAUCACAAAGCUGAUAAGCUCGAGCUUCAUCAUGGGGUUCAGCAGGGCCGAAGCUGCCCCGAUCAGCACGCCAACGUCCUCACCGGAUAAGACCAACAACUCUGCAUUACUAAAAGUUUUACACGCAUUAUCCACGCUCUCCGUGCACCAAGUGGGAACUAUCCUGGCCUGGUGCUGCACUUUCUUAUACAUCAGUUCCAGAUUUCCGCAAAUAUUGACCAAUAACAAGCUCAAGUCGACGCGUGGUAUUUCUCCCAAGUUUGUGAUAUGCGCGCUUCUGGGUAACUUGUGCUACUCGAUGUCUCUGGCAACGUGCAAAAGCUCGCUCAGUGGCGGAGAUACGUCACGCGAGUUCUGGCGGGCCGAGCUCAGCUACCUUUUGGGGGCCAUGGGCACCGUGGCUCUGGACUGUACGUUGCUCCUACAAUGGUACCGAUGGGAUUACAAGAGAGAUACCGUGAAUGUGCCCGAAAUAGAAGCACCCGCUGCUAGAAGAGAAAGCACUUCUGUGGAGAACUACAUCAAACUGAAAAAGUCAAAGUCGCCUGCUACAGGGACAGCAUACAUAAAGAUUCCGAUGUCCCCGCAUCACGUUCGGAAACUGAGCGAGAACACGCCACUGUCGCCUAUAGACUUUCUCCUGGACGAUUAUAUGGCGAACGCACAACUUUACAAGGGCAAGAAACAGUUCGAUGAGGUUUUGAAGCUGUCAAACUACGGAUCGAUAUCUUAA